AUGGCGCCGGCACCAUCCACAUCAAAACCGCAACAAACGCCCGUACAUAGCUAUCCGCCUAGUGCCUCGUCUUCGGCUCCUCGUCCAGACAGCCUCGGUGGCUCGUACGGUCCAGACACACUCACCUACCUCAUCCACACUCAGACGGACGGCAUCAGUGAUUUGAGGCUCCAGGUCAGCCAUGAGCCUUCGUCGAGCAAGCAGCCGCCGCGUCCUGCCUACUUUCGCGAACGCGCGCUGACCGAGAACAACGAGAUCGUCGACAGCAUCAUCGACGCCACCACGGGGCGCACGUGCUGGAGCGUGCACAAGCCCACGCGUGGGUGGUAUCUGCACCUUCGAUCGCCGCUGCUUCCACCCAACACCGCCAUCUCGCUCCGAUCGUCGAGCGCUGGGGAACAUGAUCCUUCGGCAUCACCACUAACAUUUGCCGUGCGCACACGCAUACGUCCGCAAGCACUCAACCGCGUCCGAUCGCGAAUCGACCGCGGCGAAGCAGACGAGAGACAAGGUAGUCAUUCCGGGGAUGACUUGUAUGCAGCGGCAAAUGACGGCAUCACGGGCCUCGCGAUAGAGGGUGAGGGCAUGCCAGAGGUAGCGGUAGCUGCAACAGGGCGGGAGGAACGCAAGACUUCGGCGGGCGGACACGCGCGGCGACGGAGCGGCGCAACAGGCUCUGGCUCGCACGCACCAGACUCACGGUCGACCUCGAAGCGGCCCAGUUCCGCAGUAGCCAAGAGCCCCAUGAUCCCGGAGGUCGACGACGAGCGCUCGACCCAACCUGCUUCAUCCAGAAAGCUGCCGAAACUGGCCAUUCCAGACACGCGCGGCUCUCGCUCGGCCAACGGCGAUCGGCCGUACUCGCCGAAUCAAGGCUCACCAUCGCACUUUGCUUCCGAUUCGGCGGCGUCGGUGUGCCACUUUCUGCUCACCGAUGCGGCGUGCAAGACGGCGGUGCAGAGCUGGACGCGCUGGGCAUGCUCUAUCCUGCCAGCAGAGAUCCGGCCCUCGGUGGCGCUCGAUGCGGACAAGAGCUUCAGCCUGUACUGGACGGACUGUCCACCCGGCGCCGCUGCGGGCAAGGGCGAGCCGAUCGAGGUGGUGCGGUUCGAGGACCAGAGUGGACGCUGGAUGUGGAACUCGCACACGCGGGGAAGGCUGGCGCUCCAGACAAGCGCCAUGCAUGCGCUAGGGCUGCAGCACGAGUUCUGGAUCUCGGCCGCCUUGGCCUACAUCCAAUUUUUGGAGGACAAGGACGCCUACGAGGCCGCACGAGACGCAUAG